GGGUGCCAGGCUCGGGCGCCCGCUGCCGCCGCUCCUAACCACCCGCCACAGUCGCUUUCCCCGCCGCGGCGGAGGCGCCCCGCAGCCAUGGCCGGCCUGAACUUUGGGGUCACGGUCGCAGUGCUAGGGGUUCUGCUGCUGAGUGCCUCGCGUCUGCCCAGCGGAGUGGAAGCUUAUGAGAUUGCCCUGCCGCAUGGAAGCGGCAUUACAGUUUUCAUAAAGCCCGGGACCCCGACUCUGCCCAUGAAGCUCUGUCAUAUCAUCAGUUCUAGAAGAAAGGAAACCACGUUGUCCAUCAAAAGUGGAGAUAAAAUCAUCUUUUAUUUUAGCUGCCAGGAUCCAGAGAAUCACUUUGUCAUCGAGAUCCAGAAGAACAUAGACUGCAUGGCAGGCCCAUGUCCUUUUGGGGAAGUGCAGCUUCAGCCCUCAACAUCAGUGUUGCCCAGCCUCAACAGGACCUUCAUCUGGGACGUCAGAGCUCACAAGAGCAUUGGCCUAGAGCUGCAGUUUUCCCAUCCACGCCUGAGGCAGAUUGGCCCUAGAGAGAGCUGCCCUGAUGGAGUCUCUCACAGCAUCAGCGGCCGAAUCGACACCUCGCUGGUCAGGAUUGGAACCUUCUGCCGCAACGGCACUGUGUCCCGGAUCAAGAUGCAAGAGGGAGUGAAAAUGGCCUUGCACCUGCCAUGGUUCCACGACAGAAACAUCUCCGGCUUCAGCAUCGCAAACCGGUCGUCUAUAAAACGCCUGUGCAUCAUCGAGUCUGUUUUUGAGGGUGAAGGCUCAGCUACCCUGAUGUCUGCCAACUACCCAGAUGGCUUCCCCGAGGACGAGCUCAUGACGUGGCAGUUCAUCAUCCCCGCACACCUGCGGGCCAGUGUCUCCUUCCUCCACUUCAACGUCUCCAACUGUGUGAAGAAGGAGGAGCGGGUGGAGUACUAUAUCCCAGGCUCCACCACCAACCCCGAGGUGUUCAAGCUGGAGGACAAGCAGCCUGGGAACAUGGCCGGGAACUUCAACCUCUCUCUGCAGGGCUGUGACCAAGACGCCCAAAAUCCAGGCAUCCUCCGGCUGCAGUUUCAAGUUUUGGUCCAACAUCCACAAGAUGAAAGCAAUAAAACCUACGUGGUUGACUUGAGUAACGAGCAAGCCAUGUCGCUGACCAUUGAGCCACGGCUCAGCAAACAGAGCCGCAAGUUUGUCCCUGGCUGCUUCGUGUGUCUGGACUCUCGGACCUGCAGCACUAACCUCACCCUGACAUCUGGCUCCAAACACAAGAUCUCCUUCCUUUGUGAUGAUCUGACACGCCUGUGGAUCAAUGCUGAGAAAACCAUAACCUGCAUGGACCACCGCUACUGCCACAGGAAGUCCUACUCGCUCCAGGUACCGUGGUACAUCCUCCAGCUGCCUGUGCAGCUGCAUGACUUCUCCUGGAAGCUACUGGUGCCCAAGGACAGCCUCAGCCUGGCCCUGGUGCCAGCCCAGAAGCUGCAGCAGCACACACAUGAGAGGGCCUGCAACACCAGCUUCAGCUACCUCCUGGCCAGCGCCGUCCCAGGCCAGGAGCUUUACUUUGGCUUCUUCUGCUCUGGAGGCUCCAUCGAGCAGAUUCAGGUGAAGCAGAACGUCUCAGUGACCCUCCGCACCUUUGCCCCCAACUUCCAGCAAGAGGCCUCCAGGCAGAACCUGACUGUGUCCUUUAUCCCCCACUUCAAAGAGGAAGGUGUUUUCACAGUGACCCCAGACACAAAAAGCAAGGUCUACCUGAGGACCCCUAACUGGGACCGGGGCCUGCCAUCCCUCGCCUCAGUGUCCUGGAACAUCAGCGUGCCCCGCGACCAGGUGGCCUGCCUGACCUUCCUCAAGGAGCGCACCGGUGUGGUCUGCCAGACAGGGCGUGCCUUCAUGAUCAUCCAGGAACAACGGGCCCGGGCUGAGGAGAUCUUCAGCCUGGAGGAGGAGGUGCUGCCCAAGCCAAGCUUCCACCAUCACAGCUUCUGGGUCAACAUCUCCAACUGCAGCCCUGCGAGCGGGAAGCAGCUGGACCUACUCUUCUGGGUCUCGCUUAGCCCAAGGACUACAGACCUGACUGUCAUCAUCAUCGCAGUGGUGGGAGGUGGCGCCUUACUGCUGUCUGCCCUCGGACUCAUCAUUUGUUUUGUGAAGAAGAAUAGGAAAAAGAAGAUCACCAAGGGCCCGGCUGUGGGUAUCUACAAUGGUAACGUCAAUACCCAGAUGCCGAUGCAGCCAAAAAAGUUUCAGAAGAGACGGAAGGACAAUGACUCCCAUGUGUAUGCCGUCAUCGAUGACACCAUGGUGUAUGGGCACCUGCUGCAGGAUGCCAACGGGUCCUUCCUCCAACCUGAGGUGGACACCUACCGGCCCUUCCAGGGCCCCACAGGGGACCGCCCACCCUCCCCACCCCCCAUAUGCUCCAGGGCCCCGACUACAAAGUUGACCGCAGAGGAGCCAUCCCCUGGCUUCCCUCCUGAGUCUGAGAGCGAACCGUAUACCUUCUCCCACCCCAAAGAUGGGAAUAUAAGCAAUGGGAACACUGACACCCCCUUGCUGGACGCCCACGAGCCCACGGAGCCUGGGGAAUAACUUGGACCUGCCCCAGAGACUUUGCAUAAAGCAGGGCACGGAGAUGCCCUUUAGGGUUCCCAAAAAGAAACCCCAAAGGAGAGGAAUGACAUGGAAGGACAGCAGGAGGCACCUCCAACUUCUGAUUUCCAAGUGGACUCAUUCCGAUGUUGAGAUAUUGAGAAUGAUGAAUUGUGAUCUGGAUACAGCCGUCACAGUGCAUGUCUUUCUAAACUCAGGAUGGGGUUGAAACCAGCUCGGGAUGAGAAGGGAGAGGCUGAGUCGCCCAAGACAGGGUCCCAGCGAGCCCUGGAUUUGAGUUUGGAUUUAGACUGCUUCUGGUUGACAAUUCUGAUCCCUUGGAGCCCACCUGAGGUCCCGCUUUCAUUGGGGUCCCCUGGAUGAAAAUGUUAAUGUGCUUUUUAUUAUUAUUAUUAUUUA